CGACUUCGUAGACUACUUCCAACGCCGUUACCCAUAUCGCGUAUGAUGCUUUCCAAGUUUUCGCAUUGCCCGUCAGAUAGCUCACACUUCUAUAUCGCUGACAUUGUUUUGGACAUUUCCCCCACAGUCAUAGCGGAAAUGUAAAGAUGGCGACGGGCGGAAUGUUUGCGGAAAACAGUGCUGAAUCUAAAUUAACUGCAGAAGAAGAUCGCGAACUACAAAAGAAACUACGUGACUUCGGUAAAGAAUAUAUAUCCCGAUCUGGUCGACUCGUGCCAGCUAAAAUCCAGCCAGAUGUGCUUUGCAGCUGCCCUCAGCGCUGCAAUGAAAAAAUAUCGACUGAAGACCGAAUGAAACUGUUUUCGGAGUUUUACAAACUUGGAGACCAAAUUAGACAGAACGAAUUUCUACGAGCUCACAUUAAAGCACGGGCUGUACAAAAGCGAUCACCUGACAAUAAACCAUUGAAGAGAGCAAAACGCAGAGUAAGCUGCAAAUAUCGGGUUCCUUUACUUUCGAAGAGCGAUAUGCAUAUUGGGCCUGGAACAAGUCCAGCUGGUGCGAGAUUAAUAGAAGUCUGCCAAAAAGCGUUUAUGAAUAUAUUUGUCAUCACUGAGAAACGAGUUAGACUACAGCGUGAGAAGCUGAUUGUGGAAGUUAUGGGCACAAAAGCAAAUCCCCAUGUGCAACACAAAAGGCAUCCCCAUGAUGUCUUUACUACAAAUAAGCUGCCUUUGCAGUCUGCUGACGAACCUGUAGAUAUGACUAUCCCACGUAACACGACAGAAGUUGAUGUGACAAUACUCAAGGACAGAGAGCAUGAUAUUGCCCUAGUGGAUAAUUUUUUUAUGAAUCAGCUGUGGAAGCCAGAGUACAUUAACACAGCGAUUUAAAUAUUCUGUGCCUGAACCAGACACCAACAUAUUUUUUUCACUUUUCAAAGAACAACUUAUAUUUUUGGAAAUAUUUUGAUAUUCUACAAGAGGAAAACAAUGAGUUUGAUAUUUUAUUAUCUGUCAAUAUUUUCCUCAAAAGCUCACAAUUUGCAAGGAAUGUACAAAUACUUAUGGUCUCAGGUUGUUGUGCAAUAUUAGGUAUGUAAAACUAUAGUAUGAGUAGAUUUUUAAUGCUGUAUGUUUCUCACCAUAUAAAGAAAUGUGUUGAUAAAGAUUUUAUUAGAUGUCCCUGAUUGCAUGCAGCCUCAUUGGUUUUGUUACAUGACAGGAAUGCACUGCUCUCUAUUAAAUUUACAUUGAUGCUGCAGUCUUUAAAAAUGAAAACCUACAAGCUAUUAAACAGCAUCAGAUGCAUGGCAUUAACAGUGCUCAAUUAUGUAGGACAAUCAUGUUUCUCAUAAAAUAGUUAGGUGUAACAAGUUUUGUAGCAUCAGAUUAAAAUAAAAAGGCUUGCCAAUGUUUUAUACAUCAAGAACUGAAACCAUCUCAAACUGUCUCAAUCAUUUGCAUCAGUGAUAUAUCUGCCAAAUUUUAUUUAUUUAUUUAUUUUUGUAUGUAAGGAUUUUAAACAUUCAGUAUUUUAUGAACUAAGACAUAAGACUUAAUUUCUGUUUAUUAUGACUUGUAGAAAUUGCAGUUUGUUGCUUUUAAUGUGUGGUUAUAAACUGCCUGAUAUGCACAGACUGAAGUCAGUCGAGUUAUGUCAAUAAUUUGUAUUUUGUCACCUGCAGCCAUUUACUUGGGGAAUCUAAGUAAAUUCUAAAGUAAUGACAAUUUCUCAUUCAGUAGUAGUCCAUAUACAAAACAAAAAUUCACAGAAAGUCUUAAUAAAAAUGUCUACAGUCACAAUUUUUUCGUUAUGUAUUAUUAUUAAACUACAUUAUGCAUUUCUGACUCUGUGGGUCCAUCGUCAGGUGCAAACUGUCUAACACAUCAUCUACAUUUGGUCUUGAGUGAGGUGAAAUGCAUUUUCCUGUUAUGAGAAAGCUUGUAUUUCGUGGACCGAGUGUGGAAACAGUGGGGAAAAAAACCGGUCAAAAACUUUAUUAAAAAAAACAUGGAAGAACCUUUUUAACCUUUUGAGGUCAGGAUGAACAUGAAACACUGUGUAAUUUGAUAAUAAAACACGAGAAAAAUGUGACUGAAGGUGUUUUAUCCGCACCUUCUGUGUACCGAAUAGUCACGAUAAAAUGUAAAAAUAUGUGUUUUUU